AAAAAAAAUCUAAUGACAAGAACAAUAACGUGUAAUUCUAAAUCGAAAAUACCAUUAUGGUUUUCUCUUACAAGUUCGGCUGAAUUGCUGCAGUGCUGUCUUUGGUCUCUUCCUUUUUACCUCUCUUACGUAAACAUCCCGUCUCCACCGACGAAACUUUUGCCCUCCGGAUUCCUUCAGAUUGAGACCCACAAGGCCCGGCAGCUCACACAUCGCAUUCGACGCGGAAAGUUGCAGACUUUACGUUUGCUGUUUGGCUUUCCGCAAAGAGUUUUUCCUUUCCCAACUUUUGGAGAAGGGUGAUGAUCUUUACCUGCUAAACUUCGGUUGAUUCGUUGGAGGGAACGAAAGAAGAUGAUCGCAUUGAAGGAGAAGGUCUCCAAUCAGCUGUCUCGCUUAUUUGCCGAUUCGCCCAAUUCCCCUUCUCAUAGUUCUCAGGUAAUUCUGUUCAUAACCCCCUUUUCCUUUGUUUCAGGGUAGGACAGCUAGUCAAGGUGAAAAGUCAUAUUCUUCAUAUUUUUCAUCCGUCGUUCCUUCCUUGGGCUUUGGGAAGUCUACGUCGGAAAAUGGUAAGGACCAGAAAGUCGAGUUAGCACCUGCUCCUUCACUUCGAGUAAGAUGGAGAGGUAGAGAAUUUGACCAUGAAGAGGAACCGAGAUAUCACGAGUGCCAGAAAGCUGGUGAACGUCAAGCAGCCAUAUUUCGUGAUGAAAAUGAGGAUUAUUCUUCUCAAACCAGCAGCAGUGACAGUGAUGUAUUUGAAGAAGCAUGUGAGCAGCAGAGCACUCCGAGGACACCAUAUCUGAAAGAUGGGUCUGCGUUUAUAUCAUCAGACUUGUAUGAGUUCCUGAUGUCGUCGCUCCCUAACAUGGUGAAAGGGAAUGACUGGGUUUUGCUAUAUAGUACGAUGAAGCAUGGCAUAUCUCUUCGCACACUCAUUCGGAAGAGUGCUGACAUUCCUGGCCCGUGUUUACUGAUUACUGGAGAUAGACAAGGUGCUGUGUUUGGUGGACUUCUGGACUGCCCACUGCAAGCCACUUCCAAGAGAAAAUAUCAAGGGACAUAUCAAUCAUUUGUAUUCACUACCAUAUAUGGUGAACCAAGGCUAUUUCGACCAACUGGUGCCAACCGAUAUUAUUACUUGUGUUUGGAUGACUUGCUAGCACUUGGUGGCGGUGGCAACUUCGCUUUACGAUUGGAUGGAGACCUGUUGCACGGAACUAGUGGCCCCUGCGAAACAUUUGGGAACUUAUGUUUGGCCCAUGAUUCAGAUUUCGAGUUAAAGCAUGUCGAGCUUUGGGGAUUUGCAUACUCAUCAAAAUACUGAAGGGCACAGCGACACAAGCAAGAGAAUUGAUUGGAAGAGUGUGAUAUGAUCAUGUAUUCUUUAUUCUUUCAGGGUUGAUAUUGCUGUGAAAUUCCUUGUUAAAAUUGCUUAUUGUUAGGAAGCUAUCAAGCAAGAAGACUAGCUUAUAGAGUAGGGAAAGGAAGAUCUUCAUUCCUCAGCUCUGUUCUAGUUUUAGAUUCAGUAGGUAAUAUACAUAUGGUCAUGGUAAGCACUAAUUGCAGUUCCGAUUCUGGAGUUGAAAAUUAUAUUUCAAGAUGUUGAGUAGGAGCAAUAAUCCUUCACCUACUCGGAUUUAGGACGAAAAAUGAUGUCUAGAAAAAGAAUCUAAUUUAACCAACACAUAGUUAAGACGAGUAUAGAACCAUACUAAUGCCCAAGAAAUAGAUGAAAAAACCG